UUAGAUCAGCGUCAGUCAUUUCUUCUCAGUUCUCAGCUUCAACUUCAAAAGCCAUGAAAGCUUUAUCACUAUCAACCUCAUCGACUCCACAAAAUGAGGUAUUUACGAUUCAUUUCACACAUUCACAAAUCUCUCCCCCAAAACCCUAGCCCCAAUUUCUUCCACACAACUCAAAACCCUAAUCCUAACCUCUUAGCCCCAAUCCAAUCCAAGCUCCCAUCUUUCAAAUCCUCUUCUGCUCAGCCACCAGCUCCAUCAGAGCAAGUCUCGGCGAUCGUCGAUGAUCUCUCGGGUCUCACUCUCCUCGAGGUCUCGGACCUCGUCGAAGUUCUUCACGAUAGAUUGGGGAUCACUGAGAUGCCGCCGACGAUGAUGGUGAUGAUGCCAGGGAUGGUCCCUGGAGGACUGAAGGGGAAGGGCGGUGGUGCGGCGAAGAAGGUGGAGGAGAAGGCGGAGAAGACUGUACUCGAUGUGAGGCUCGAAGGGUUCGAUGCCGCGGCCAAGAUCAAGGUGAUCAAGGAAGUGAGGACUUCUACUGAUUUGGGGUUGAAGGAAGCUAAGGAUUUGGUGGAGAAGUCGCCUACGCUUUUGAAGAAAGGCGUGACUAAGGAGGAGGCUGAGUCGAUUAUUGCUAAGAUGAAGGAGGUUGGCGCUAAAGUUUCAAUGGAAUGAGGAAGCAAUGCCACUUUUAACCAUGUCGUGAGAUACUGGAAUUUGCCGAGCCCAUUGAGAAUGCCUUGUUCAUCUAAUUUGCCAAACAUAGAACCAAUGCCACUCUCAGUAUCUAAAGUUGAGGACUGAUCUUCACACUGGUCACCACUAUUUUGUUUGUGAUCUGAAUUAGUAAUAUACAAAUACUUUCUACUAGGCAACCGCAAUCCCCAUUGAACCACAGAGAUCUGCCGCACCAAAGACCUCUCAGAUUCUUUUUUAUCUGGCAGAAUAGAACGACGAAGUAAUGGCCAGCCGGGUUUUGAUUCUGCUAAUUCUUUUAUCAACACAGAAAUUGAACUAGACGCUGCUUCUUCCUUCUGUGCUGGCAUUAUAGCCAAAGAAUUGUCUUGGAAUACCUGUCUAAUCAAGAAUGGAAUUUUCAUUACUGAGGUGCAAUGGAUAAUGAUGUUUAUGGCAACAGAGGACAGACAGGGAUGUAAGUGAGUCUUGAUUGGUAGUGAUCAUCUUCUCUUCCUAUUCGAAGAAAAUUUUGUUUUCCGUAUUCAUAUGGCCAAAAACAGUGAAGCAACUCUUCUGGCCUUCUUUUUCUUCUGCAGAUUAGGGUUUUAAGCGUGAAAAUGUUGGAAUUAAGUAGAGAAAGCCAUAGAGAAAUGAGAAGAAGGAUGUUAACUUUUAAAUUGAUUUAGAUGAUGGUUCCCUAAACAUGUAAUGGGCAGGGGGGUACUAGACAGUCGGUGGAAAUUGGGCAAUUACAACGUCAUUAACUUGCACUUAAAUUGUUGAGAUGCACUAAUGAUAUGCAUGCUCCAUCUAGUAUGAAAUAGACUGCUUCUCACAUGGCAACCGGCAGAAAAUACAUGUCAGUUAUUUUAAACCUGGACGAUAUGUUUAGAUGUAUCACAUAAACAGCCUAAUGUUCCAAGGCAACAAUGUUAAACAUUUAUUAUCAAUGCAAUGUUACUGAACUACUAUACUGGUAAAAUAAUGCUUGACAAUUUCAA